GUUUUCGCCAUAGGACACAUCUUCGUGGUUUGUUUAAGAGCCCUUGUCGCGUUGAAAGACUUUUCUGUGUGAAAAGCAUUGAAGAGAGAAUGUCGGACGAGGAGGAAGACGGGCGCUCCGGCGCUUUUGGCCAGUACAUUGGGUCAGACGAGGACGUCCUUCCCUCGAGUGGCGAAGAUGACGGCUCAAGCGACAAUGGCGAAUCUUCAUUCGAGUCUCAGGAAGAAAAGCAAGAGGCUGAGUUAAAGAAAAGUAUUGCAGCUCUUCCUUUCGAAUCGUUGCUCAAGGCGAGAGGCAAGCUGUCCCGCGCCAGCCAGACGAGUGGCAAGAUAGGUAGUCUUCGCGAAGGGGUUGAUCAGGAGGUUGAAAUCUCUCGCCGCUCUGAUCUACGGGAGCAAGCAAUUCAACGGAAAAGAAAAGCACAUGAAUUAGGGCAACGAAGUGAUAAGCAUGCCCCUACGGAAGUCAGUUCGCGCAAGCCAGUAGGGCGACGAAGGGAGGUCGUUGAGACAGCAAAGGUGCAACGACGAGAUCCGCGAUUCUCCUCUCUGACCUCCGGGCCUCUCAACAAAGACCUGUUCAACAAGUCAUAUGGCUUUGUGAACGACUUGAUGUCACAAGAAAUCACGACCUUGCGCUCUACGCUGUCUUCUCUCAAAGCAAAAGAACGGACGCAAGCCGGCCCCAAAGCCAGGUCGGAGUAUGCGCUGCAGAUCCGCCAAGAGCGCGAGCGGGUAGAGAUGGCUCUACGCCGAGCCGAAAGCAAGGCGGCCGAGCGCGAGCGCCGCACACGCGAGGAAAUGGUUGACAAAGAGCAGAAACAGAAGAACAAGGAGCGUGUCAAAGCGGGUUUGCAGCCUUUCUACCUGAAGAAAUCUGAAAAGAAGGAGCUGCUGCUCAAGCAAAAGUUCGAGCAGCUCUCGGGCGGGCCGAAGGAGAGCGCAGAGAGCUCUAGCUCGGCGAAGAGGAAGCUUCGCAAGGCGAUGGAGAAACGGAGAAAGAAGAAUGCGGCCAAGGAACGAAAGACUCUUCCAUUCACGGACGCCAGGGCUUCUGGGCCGUCCAGAUCAGCGGCAGCGCCUCAACCGAAGCGACUGAAGACAAGUUCGUGACUCCCGCUCUUCUGCCCUCUACGAUGAUCCAUGUAGCCUUAUUCGUCAACUGUACCAUAUAAUACGCAAUCGCUGUACUGCAAGCCG